AUGGCCCGCCUGACGGAGAGCGAGGCGCGCCGGCAGCAGCAGCAGCUCCUGCAGCCGCGGCCCUCGCCCGUGGGCAGCAGCGGGCCCGAGCCCCCCGGGGGGCAGCCCGACGGCACGAAGGACCUGGACGCCAUCAAGCUGUUCGUGGGCCAGAUCCCGCGCAACCUGGACGAGAAGGAUCUCAAGCCGCUCUUCGAGCAGUUCGGCCGCAUCUAUGAGCUCACGGUGCUCAAAGACCCCUACACGGGCAUGCACAAAGGCUGUGCCUUUCUCACCUACUGUGCCAGGGACUCCGCCAUCAAAGCUCAGACUGCCCUGCACGAACAGAAGACCUUGCCCGGGAUGGCGCGGCCAAUCCAGGUGAAGCCUGCGGACAGCGAAAGCCGUGGAGGUAGGGACCGGAAGCUGUUUGUGGGGAUGCUGAACAAGCAGCAGUCAGAGGAGGACGUGCUGCGGCUGUUCCAGCCCUUCGGGGUCAUCGACGAGUGCACCGUGCUCCGGGGACCUGACGGCAGCAGCAAAGGCUGUGCCUUCGUGAAGUUCUCCUCCCACACCGAGGCUCAGGCGGCCAUACACGCCCUGCACGGCAGCCAGACCAUGCCGGGUGCCUCCUCCAGCCUGGUGGUCAAGUUUGCCGACACAGACAAGGAGCGGACGCUGAGGCGCAUGCAGCAGAUGGUGGGCCAGCUGGGCAUCCUGACUCCGUCCCUCACCCUGCCCUUCAGCCCCUACAGUGCCUACGCCCAGGCUCUCAUGCAACAGCAGACGACGGUCCUGUCCACAUCAGGCAGCUACCUGAGCCCCGGCGUGACCUUCUCACCCUGCCACAUCCAGCAGAUUGGCGCUGUCAGCCUUAACGGGCUGCCUGCCACACCCAUCGCCCCUGCCUCUGGACUGCAUUCGCCCCCGCUGCUCGGCACCGCCACCGUGCCCGGCCUCGUGGCCCCCAUCACCAACGGCUUUGCAGGUGUCGUGCCCUUCCCUGGCGGGCACCCUGCCCUAGAAACCGUAUAUGCCAAUGGCCUUGUGCCCUACCCAGCUCAGAGUCCGACGGUAGCCGAGACCCUCCAUCCUGCCUUCUCUGGAGUCCAGCAGUACACAGCCAUGUACCCUACCGCGGCCAUCACGCCCAUCGCGCACAGCGUCCCCCAGCCGCCGCCCCUCCUGCAGCAGCAGCAGCGAGAAGGUCCCGAAGGCUGUAACCUGUUUAUCUACCACCUCCCCCAGGAGUUUGGAGACACGGAGCUGACGCAGAUGUUCCUGCCUUUCGGCAAUAUCAUCUCCUCCAAGGUGUUUAUGGAUCGGGCCACCAACCAGAGCAAAUGUUUUGGCUUCGUGAGCUUUGACAACCCGGCCAGCGCGCAGACUGCCAUCCAGGCCAUGAAUGGCUUUCAGAUCGGCAUGAAGAGGCUCAAAGUGCAGCUGAAGCGGCCCAAAGACCCGGGACACCCCUACUGA